AUGUCGACCAUCACACGAACCCUGCGGAACCUGUGGAGAGUUGGGUUCAAGGAAUAUGGUCACCAGUUACAGUAUAUUGGUGACACCAAAGCUGGCGUCCUAAUAGGAACCGACCGAUUCGGCAACAAAUACUACGAAAAUCUGCAAGAAGAGCUCCCUCUGCGGACAAGAUGGGUUGAUUAUAAAGACAAACAUUACGAGGCAAGCUCGGUCGAACCGGGCUGGCAUGCGUGGAUCAGCUACCUUGUCGACAAGCCACCUGUGGAAGACAAAAUUUUGGAGAUCGGUCUAAGACCCUGGGAGCCCAAGGAGCCGAGGGUCAAUUACUCUAUGACCAGAGGGGCGUAUCGGCCUUAUUCUACGACGAAGUCGAAAUAUAGUGCUUGGCUGCCCGUUGCAAAGCCGAGAGACAGCUCUACCCCCUCCGCCAAUUGA